UUGAUAUUUUGGUACCGGAUUGGUUUUAACAAACCGGAAAUCACUUAAAAAUAAUCGAAAGCAGCCCAUAAUUAACCGAAAGGGAGAUGAUCAGGAAACAAACGAACGACCGAAUCACUAAUCGCCGCCGUCCAAAACUAUGGCAGAACUGCAAAAAUUUCCCAACUUUGAAGCAAAUCCACGCUUCUAUAGUUGUGAAUGGUCUCAUGUCGAACCUUUCUGUUGUUGGGGAGCUAAUUUACUCGGCUUCUUUGUCGGUUCCUGGUGCGCUUAAGUACGCCCACAAGUUGUUCGACGGUAUUCCUAAACCAGACGUAUCUAUCUUUAACCAUGUGUUGCGCGGCUCUGCCCAGAGUUUGAGACCUGAAAAUACGGUUGCUUUGUAUACUGAGAUGGAGAGACGAGGUGUGUCCCCUGAUAGGUAUACGUUUACGUUCCUUCUCAAGGCGUGUUCGAAGCUCGAGUGGAGAAGUAAUGGUUUUGCUGUUCAUGGCAAAGUGUUGAGACAUGGGUUUGUGUCUAAUGAGUAUGUUAAAAACGCUUUGAUCCUUUUUCAUGCUAAUUGUGGAGAUUUGAGGAUUGCAAGUGAGCUUUUUGAUGAUUCUGCUAAAGCUCAUAAGGUUGCUUGGUCUUCUAUGACUUCUGGGUAUGCUAAGAGAGGGAAGAUAGAUGAAGCUAUGAGGCUUUUUGAUGAAAUGCCUGAAAAAGAUCAGGUUGCUUGGAAUGUGAUGAUCACUGGUUGUUUGAAAUGUAAGGAGAUUGAUAGAGCAAGGGAGCUCUUUGAUAGAUUUACAGAGAAAGAUGUUGUGACUUGGAAUGCAAUGAUCUCUGGAUAUGUAAACUGUGGGUACCCGAAGGAGGCAUUAAGUAUUUUCAAGGAGAUGAAGGAUGCUGGUGAACACCCAGAUGUUGUGACAAUACUGAGUUUGUUAUCUGCUUGUGGAGUCUUAGGAGACUUAGAAACUGGGAAGAGCCUUCAUCACUACAUCUUGGAAACGGCUUCCUUUUCGAGGAGCUCCAUAUAUGUUGGCACUCCUAUUUGGAAUGCUUUAAUUGACAUGUAUGCAAAGUGUGGAAGCAUUGAUAGAGCAACUGAAGUGUUCAGAGGAAUGAAAGAUCGGGACUUGUCAACGUGGAAUACUUUGAUUGUUGGUUUGGCUUUGCAUCAUGCGGAGGGAUCAAUUGAAAUAUUUGAAGAAAUGCAGAGGUUGAGAGUCUGGCCAAAUGAGGUGACGUUCAUUGGAGUUAUAUUAGCUUGCAGCCAUUCAGGAAGAGUUGAUGAAGGGAGUCAGUAUUUUAGCCUUAUGAAGGAUAUGUAUAAUAUCGAACCAAACUUAAAGCAUUAUGGUUGUAUGGUAGACAUGUUGGGGCGAGCAGGGCUAUUGGAGGAAGCAUUCAUGUUUGUGAAGUCGAUGAAGAUUGAGCCUAACGCCAUUGUAUGGCGAACACUUUUAGGUGCUUGUAAGAUUUAUGGGAAUGUUGAGUUAGGAAAGUAUGCAAAUGAGAAACUGCUCAGUAUGAGGAAGGACGAGAGUGGCGAUUAUAUGUUGCUCUCCAACAUAUAUGCUUCCACAGGUCAGUGGGACGCAGUGCAGAAAGUUAGGAAGAUGUUUGAUGAUACAAGAGUGAAAAAACCUACUGGAAUUAGCUUGAUCGAGGAAGACGAUGAUAAAUUGAUGAUGAGAUAUUUACUCUCGUCAGAACCUGAGUCAAAAUCAAGAGGUCGGAUUAGUUAAGGUAGAAAACCAACGCUUCAUUGGCAAUUUUUUUUCUUUUGUUUUCGAGUUCUUAACUUUGAACUCUGAAUGGCAAAUAUUAAUUAUAUCCUUUCUGUUCUAAGAAACUGAGCACCGCGUUUGAUAGGAAGCUUCCAUGUUGAUGUUUACACCUUAAAUUCAAGAUGAUCUUUCAAUCAAUUUUUGUGUAAAAACGUUAUAAAACCCGGCGUUUGUCUUGUUAUCUAUAAUGGUGAUUUCAUGA